AUGAAUUCGGAUAUUUCGAAAAAUUUUCGUUCACCAAAGGAACGAGAUUUUAAUGAAUUGGCAUCAAGAUUGUUGUUGAGAAAACUUGGUUUGGAUGUAAUUGAGUUACCUGCUGAUGAAACAUUACCUGAAGGAGUUUUUGUUGAAGAUACAGCUGUUAUUUGCGAUGGUAUUGCACUUAUAUAUCGACCUGGUUUACCUGGACGACUUAAAGAAGUUGAUAUUAUUCGAACAAUACUUAGACGAGAAGGUCUUUGUAUAGUUGACAUUAAAGAUCCAUUAGCAACUAUUGAUGGAGGCGAUGUUCUUUUCACUGGUCGUGAAUUUUUUGUUGGUUUAUCAAAGACUACAAAUUUAGCUGGAGCUAAAGCAGUUGCAUCUGCAUUUCCUGAAUAUCCAGUAACCUUACUUCGAGUAAAGAAAGGUGCACAUUUGAAAAAUUUUGUUUCAAUGGUUGGAAUGGAUACAAUGGCUAUUGGUGGAUCCGAUAUAGCUAAAGAUCUUCUUCGACAAAUGGAAGAAAUGAGUGAAUAUAAAUUAUAUAAAACAAUAACAUUACGUGAUGAUGCUGCAGCUAAUUGUUUAUGGAUUAAUGAAACUGUUCUUCAUUUACCUGCUGAUCAUCGAUAUGAAUAA